GUUCUGCCAGCACAGAGCAAGAGGAGACUGACUGCAUCGAUCCAGCUGAUUUACACACAGACAGAGGUGUUGAGAAAGACACCCUGAGAGACAGAGUGAGAGAGAGAGAGAGUUUCUCCUGAUGGAGACCCAGAAGAACCUCUGGGUCUCAGUUCUGCUCCUGGGAGCUGUUUCUCAACUGCUGAAAGUCAGUGCUGGAUGCAACACUCGGAUAUGUAACCAGCCCGUAGACGGCUCCAUAUUUGACUAUGGAGCGAAGUCCUUGACUGAAGGUGAGCACAUUCCCUUCCGUCAGUAUGCUGGGAAGUACGUCCUCGUCGUCAACGUGGCCACCUUCUGAGGACUAACCUUCCAGUAUUUGGAACUGAAUGCACUACACGAUGAGCUCAAAGAUAUGGGCUUCACCAUUCUCGGAUUCCCUUGCAACCAGUUCGGGAAACAGGAGCCCGGGUAUAAUCAUGAGAUCCUGCCCAUGCUGAAGCAUAUCCGUCCAGGCAAAGGAUUUGUUCCAAACUUCCAGCUCUUUGAAACCGGCGAUGUGAACGGCGUAAACGAGCAAAGGGUUUUCACUUUCCUGAAGAAUGCCUGCCCACCUGCCGGAGACAGCUUUGGAAACCCCACCGGCAGGCUGUUUUGGGAACCGCUGAAAGUCAAUGACAUCAAGUGGAACUUCGAGAAGUUUCUGGUGGGCCCGGAUGGAAAGCCACUGAUGAGGUGGUUCCCGAGGGUGAACGUUUCCGAAGUCCGGGCCGACAUCAUAAAACUCCUCAACACGCGAAAUCCUGAAAACUAAACUAGAAAAAAAAACUCCACUAUUACACUGUGCUAUAUUUGUAUCUGUCCAGGUGUUUAGAUGAUGUUCUGUCGUGCUUUCCGCUAGAACACACCCGAUUCAUCUCACAGAAAGAACAAGCUGUGAGCUGAUUCAGGUCUGUUGAGAUUAUGAACCAUUCAGUUGUGCAGAAUCAGUCUCGCUUCAUGUAGGAGACAGCUUUAUAUGGAAACAAUAAAAGUGAUUCCUUGAGUGAGGCAGGUAGGAGCAUGGCGCCGUUCUGGAGAUUCGGGCAUGUUCAUGAAGCUCAGGUUUAAAAGCAGGAAUUUCUGCAAAGCCUGACUGGAGACUGGGGGGAUAAGAGCAGCUUUUCAGUGCAUUCAGGCUGCUCGGUUCUACUCAGACAUGUCUGGUUCUCCAGGGAGACCCUUCACACCCUGCUCCUACCUGCAAGAGGAUCCUGUCAAUAAAGCAUUAAAGAAAACCUGA